GGAAAAUAAAAAGGAUUUCAUUCCCAACUGGAAUUUUUUCCUUGGAAAAUUUGCCUCAGGUGCAGCAGGGAGCUGAGCAAAGCUUGGAGCUCUCAGGUGAGUCAGGAAUCACAGGACUGGAGACAAAUCCAGGUAUAAAAACCUCGGGAAGUGACGGCUCCGCCUGUGCUGCCCUGCCAGGCCUUGGAUUCAUUUCUUAAUCGAUACAAAUCCUGGAAUUUUUAAGGAAUUUUCAUUUUGGGAACAGCCUCUGUUGUGUUUUCCUUUAGCUUCAAGGUUUUGUUUUAAAAACUUGGAAGAGAAAAAAAAACUGAGGGAAAAAAUUCCUCCCUGAGGGGAAAAAAUGCUCCUGGAGAAUUCCAUGGAUCCAAAUCCAGUGUCUCCUGCUGGAUCGAAGAGCAUUUCCCUGGGAGAGGAGGCCGGGAAGAACGAGCUGAUGAACGAGGACAUCCGGAUCCAUUCCUGGCCUUGCUCCUACUACCUGGACACCAGCAAACAAUGGAUCCCUGGGAAGCUCUCCCUGACUCCCGUUUCCAUCAAAUUCACGGCUGACAAAACCGGGGAGCUCCUGGUGGAUUUCCACCUUUCCGGGAUCAGCGAGAUCAAGAAGGAAUCUUCCCAUUUAAUCUUCAGCUCCCUCACCAUCCUGGAGAAGGGCACCAAGCACUGGUUCAGCUCCCUGCAUCCCAACAGGAAUGUGGUGUUCAACAUCCUGGAGCAUUUCUGGAGGGAGCAGCUGGUGUCCAGCCAGGAGGCCGGAGCGGGAGCGGCCCUGGAAUCCAGCAAGGGCAAGGAAUUGACGGGAAUGUUGGAGGGAUCCCAGAAACGCCUGGAGGACACGGCCAAGGUGCUGCAUUCCCAGGGGGAGCAGUUCGACAACAUCAUGAGGGGACUCCACAAGAUCGAGGGGGACAUGGAUGUGGCCGACAGGCUGUUGACAGAGCUGGAAUCUCCUUCCUGGUGGCCCUUCAGCACCAAACUCUGGAAAACCCCUCUGGAAUCGAAGCCCAAGGAAACCCCCGCAGCUCCCGAUCCCAAACCGCAGGAAGGAAUCCUGCUGCGAAUUCCCGUGAUUAUCACCCACAGGACAGACUCCAACGCCAAACCGGGAAAACUCACUCUGCUUCCCUCCGGCCUGGAAAUCAAGGAUUGCAAUUCCCAGCUGCUGCACCGCUUCGAAUCCCGGGAGGUGGAUGAUAUCCGCGUGCACACUCCCUACGAGAUCAGCAUCCGGCAGCGGUUCAUCGGCAAACCCGACACUUCCUACCGGCUCCUGGCGGCGCGGAUGCCCGAGGCCAUUCCCAUCCUGGAGAUGCAGUUCAGCAAGAAAAUCCAGUUUUUGGAGGAUGCUCUAGGAUUUGCCGGAGCCGGGAAAUCUCCUCAGGCGGAUUUGGGCACGUCCAUCUGGCAGGCAGCCACGGGAUUCCUGGGUGCCGCGGUGAAUCCCGGAUUGCCGGCGGGGAGCGCCGAAGGGACGGACAAGGAGCAGGUGCAGCUGCAGAAAAUAUCCCAGGAGGAAGCCAAGGAGCUCCGACAGAUCCUGAAGAAGCUGAAGGGGUUGGCGCUGGAGACGGAGGCGGAGCUGGAAAGGCAGGACGAGGCCCUGGAUUCCAUCAGCAGCUCCGUGGAUCGUGCCACGCUCACCAUCGACCGGCAGAACCGCAGGAUGAGGAAGCUGACCUAACCUCCCGGCGGGAAUGGGAACGCCGGCAAGAGCAGGAGGGUGGGGGAGCCGGGAGUUUCAGGACUGGAUUUUCCAGAGACACCUUGGGAGGGGUUUGGAAUGAGGUUUGGAAAAUGGCGCUGCUGGAGGUGAGUUCCUGAGAGGAUUGAAGCAGUUCCUGGACUUGGAUGAUGGUUGGAUCUUGGAUCAUGAUUGGAUCUUGGAGGAUGUUCGGAUCUUGGAUGGUUGGAUCUUGGAUCAUGAUUGGAUCUUGGAGGAUGUUAGGAUCUUGGAUGGUUGUAUCUUGGAUCAUGGCUUGGAGGAUGAUUGGAUCUUGGAUGGUUGGGUCUUGGAUCAUGAUUGGAUCUUGGAGGGUGUUUGGAUUUUGGAUGAGUUUUGCAUGUUGGAUGAUGGCUGGAUCUUGGAGGAGGUUUGGAUCUUGGAUGGCAGUUGGAUUUUGGAUGAGGUUUGGAUGUUGGAUGAUGGUUGGAUCUUAGAUGAGGAUUGGACCUUGGGUAAUGUUUGCGUCUUGGAUGUGGGUUGGAUCUUGGAUCAUGAUUGGAUCUUGGAUCAUGAUUGGAUCUUGGAGGAUGUUUGGAUCUUAGAUGAUAGAUAAUGAUGGAUAAUGUUUGGAUUUUGGAUGAGGUUUACAUGUUGGAUGAUGGCUGGAUCUUAGAGUUUGGAUCUUGGAUCACGUUUGGAUCUUGGACAGUGUUUGGAUUUUGGAUAAGGAUUGGACCUUGGGUAGCGUUUGGAUCUUGGGUCGUGUUUGGAUCUUGGACAGUGGUUGGAUCUUGGAUCAUGGUUGGAUCUUGGAUCAUGUUUGGAUCUUGGGUGGUUGGAUCUUGGAUGAGGGUUGGACCUUGGAUAAUGUUUGGGUUUUGGAUGAGGUUUGCAUGUUGGAUGAUUGUUGGACCUUGGAUCACGUUUGGAUCUUGGAUGAGGGUUGGAUCUUGGAUCGUGGUUGGAUCAUGAAUGAUGGUUGGAUCUUGGAUCAAGUUUGGAUCUUGGAUCAUGGUUGGAUCAUGAAUGAUGGUUGGAUCUUGGAUCAAGUUUGGAUCUUGGAUCGUGGUUGCAUCUUGGAUGAGGUUUAGAUCGUGGAUGAGGUUUGGAAGCUUUUUUUGGAUGGAAAGAUCCAAAUUCCAAUUGGGAUGAAACAGAACUUGUGGAUUCUUCACUGCCAAACCUUGUAAAUAGGAAAGGGUGUGACAAAACCUGACUUAAUAAUUAAUUCAUUCAUUCAUUAAUGUGCUUUUUCAUUUUGCUGCUUUCCAGCCCAUGAAUUCCCUCUCCAGCUCUUUCCCUAAAAUCCUUUGGAGCCAAUCCUGAUUUUUUUUGUUUAUUUGCACUCAGUGGUGAUGAAACAUUUCAAGGCUUUUCCAGAAUUCCUUAAAAAAAGGGAAUAUUUUCAAUUAAAGUCUGAAGUUUACACUUGGCUCCGUUGAGAGCAGAGAUUCCUAAAUUAUUGAUAUUCCAUAGGAAAAAUUCCCAUUUCAUCAAUCCCUACCUUUUCCAGCUAUUUUACCUCCAAGGAGCCGUUGUUAAAUAUAUUUUUAAAAUUAUUUUUUAAAUUUUAAUUUAAGUAUUUUUGGUGUUGCUUUCAAACCCAACACUUUCAGUGCAAUAUUUUGAAACAGUGAAGCUUCAAAUCCUUGGAUUCCAUGGGAAUUUUUCCCAUUUUUUUGGAAUCCAGCCUAAUUUUGGGAGAAAAAGACACCGAACCAUGUCGAGGGGUGUUGUUUGCAAGGUUUGUAUUUCUUCAGCUUAGUUAGGACUGGAGUAAAAUUUAUUCCAAGUUUUUCCUGGCAUGCACUUUAUUGGAAAAUCCAGUGAUAAUUCCAUAUCCAUCAAUUAUUUCCAGGGAAUAAAAUCCCCUCGGAGCUUCUCCUGUUGUUUCCCGCCCCCAAAUCGCUACAGGUUUGCUGAGAGAGGAAAAGGCACUUCCCACACCUCAUUUUUCCAUGGAUUUCACACCAAAUCCAUGUUUGUUGAGGCUGGGAUGGGAACUGGGCGUGGGAUGAGUUCCAACCCAGAAUUCCCAAAAAGAAAUCUUUCGGAUUUGAGCAGUUUUGGGGUGUUCUUUGUGCCAUAUUUUUUAUUGUUGUGGGGUUUUAGCACCGACUCCGUAUUUUGUGGGUUGUGUUGAGUCCAACAUACCCCAAAAAACUUGGAAUAUUCCUUGGAAAACCCAUCCUGGAUCUGUACAUUGACUGAAUUCCAUGUGCCAGAAGGAUUUUCCACCUGUAAUUCCUUCUUAUUAAAUCUCUUGGAAUUGUGA